GGGCUGCAUUACUGGGUCUGUUGGUCUAGUCAGGAGGGCUUUGGGUCCGGUGGCUGUGGGUGGCCUGCUGCCAAAGGAGGGAGGAGUCCAUGGGGGGCGGGAUUGGCCCUAAAGCCACCUCAUAAAGACUGGGACUGCGGGAGGCUUUCUGGAGGAGUCCUGGAGGGGCUGUUUGUUGCGGCAGGCAGACCCCAGGAGCUCAGCUGGGGCUCUGCAGUGUCAUGCCCUGGAGCCCCCUGGCUGCGCUGAGCUGGGCGCUGGUGCUGCGGCUGCUGGCAUUGCUGUGGCCCCUGGGGCUGGGUGAGGCGUGCAGCUGCGCGCCUGCGCACCCCCAGCAGCACGUCUGCCACUCGGCUCUAGUAAUCCGGGCCAAGAUCUCUAGUGAGAAGGUAGUUCCUGCCAGUGAAGACCCUGCUGACACUCAAAAAAUGAUCCGGUAUGAAAUCAAACAGAUAAAGAUGUUUAAAGGGUUCGAAAAGGCCAAGGAUGUUCAGUAUGUCUACACACCUUUUGACUCCUCUCUCUGUGGCGUGAAACUAGAAACCAACAGCCAGAAGCAGUAUCUUCUGACUGGCCAGAUUCUCAGUGAUGGAAAAGUCUUCAUCCAUCUGUGCAACUACAUUGAGCCCUGGGAGGACCUGUCCUUGGUGCAGAGGGAGAGUCUGAAUCAUCACUACCACCAGAACUGUGGCUGCCAAUGCCCUGUACCAUCUCAGCCCCCAAUGAGUGUCUCUGGACAGACUGGCUGCUGGAACGGAAGCUCUAUGGGUACCAGGCCCAGCACUAUGUCUGCAUGAAACACGUUGACGGCAUCUGCAGCUGGUACCGGGGCCACCUACACCUCCGGAAGGAGUAUGUUGACAUCAUCCAGCCGUAGUGGGGACCAGUGAACACCACAUCCUUGAAGAGUCCUGAAGACCAAGCCAGUUCUCUGUGGUACUCUGACCAUCACCACCUGCCAUGUUGCUACCAGAUGAUGGGAAGUGACAAGUGGGUGGCCUGGCCAGCAUCAUGGCAGCUGUGGAGCAUGUGACAGCUUAUGUCCACAUCCCCAGCUCCCAACUUGUCGAGGGCUGGGGAAGGUAGUUUGACGUAGCUGCCUUGCCCUCAGGUCCUCUCCCCUCUCUCUCAAACCUUGUUAGUCUAGUUGAUACCUAUCACUGAAAGUUUUUAUUCUGGCUUUGUGUUCUCCAGUCAGGAAAAUGUAUGUUCCUUUUCUUAGCUCACACGGUAAGGGAGAAGCCGCGAGUGUCGUAAGACGGCACAGCCUUGUGGUGCACGCUAUGGAAGGGGUGACUGAUUCCUGAGUGGGCUGGUUGGCUGGAAUGAAAAGAAUACACUAAAGCCCCAUAUCCUCUACUCCCACCGGCUCAUCUUAGCCUAAUCCUCUGACACAUUUUCGUCUGCUUAAAGGAUACGGUGAGAGCUGAACAGCCCACUCUUCCCUGUGCCCUGCAAGGGGCCUGAUACUGUUGUUGGCAGAAGGACUGGCCCAGCUAGCAUUCAUCUUUGGACAAGGAAAGACUUACUAUACAAGAGCAAGCAUUCUCUCUCCAGGUUAAAUAUCUCUACCACCUUCAGUUGGUGGCCAGGGACUUUUCCACAGCCUCCUUCAGAUUGCUUAUGUCUUUGUUCCUAUCUUAGAACUUUGCUUUUAAACAAAAGCAAAAAGAUGAAACAACAAAAGUAACCCCAGAGCACGGUCUUCUCCUAAGGCCAAAUUCUAGUAGAGGUGAGAGGGAGAUAAUAAAAGAGCCCUCUGGGAACCGCACGCUAGUGGGGAACACAGCUUGCACUUGCUUCAAGUUUCUUCAGUGGCUAUCCUGCUAGAUGUUACAGCAGCAGACAGCUACCUGUGAUUCUGAGGGUAUCUCUACCCUUCAGCUACACCCCACUACCUGUGUGUCUAGAUGUUACAGCAGCAGACAGCUAGCGGUGAUUCUGAAGGUAUCUCUACCCUUCAGCUACGUCCCAUUACCUCUGUAUCUCAGACUCUAGUUACCAGCCCCUGAAGGCCCCUCAGCCUCUGUAAGCCUUCCUUAUUUGUCUAAAUGGGGAAACACUGACAACAGCAGCCUCUAUGAUUUGCUAAACCAUAGAGCUCAACAUCCCAGAACCUUUUCCUGGGAAAAGCGCUGGAAAAGAUGGCAGAGAUCAUCAGUUCUUCUGACAACUCAGGACUGUUUCUUGUUUUGAUAUAUGGUCAGCUGUUGAGCAGGGCCAUGUGUGCGGUGCUGGAGGAAGGCUCUGGAUUUAAAUGCAAUGAUGGAGAUCCCUUUUGGAGAAGGGAGUGGGAGGGGACCAAACAUGACCUCUGUCCCAGAACACAGCACUUGGAGGGCUCUGGCAGUGAGUCUCCAAGCGGGAUCAUCCAGUGAUAAUCCACACCAUCCUUGGGCAGAGAGUGUGGGGAUGGGGAGGAAGAUGGAAAGUGACCUGCAGGUUGCUCCGUGUGCAACAUCUUCAUAGCUUUCAUCUGACCAUUUUUCCUUCCCUUCUAACCUCCGGGGGCAGAGUCAGAGAAGGUAUAGGAUUAACUCUGCUUUGUCACAGUUUGGAGGUAGCAAAGGAAAUGGAAGUCUAGCAGAGAAUAACAGAAGCAAUAGCUUCUACCUUAGGAGGCUUCAUACCCACCAGAGGCUAUUACUUGAGGAAUCUCUUUGAAGUCAUAUGCAUGCUGUAUGAGGUAGCCUGGUCAAGGGCAGCUAUGCCCACUUGGCGUGGUUAAGAAAUUGACAUCCGGUGAGGGACUGUAACACCGCCAGAGACACAUGGCAAAGCUAAAGCUAUACUCAAAAUUGUGAAACCUCCUGACUAUUGAUUUAUAGAUUUGUCUCUCAUUAAAACACCCUUUGUUUCUGCUUCCCUCUACUCGGUACCCAGAAGUGGAAAACAAAAAGCUGUUGGCUAGACUCUAGCCACUUUCGCUCCUCUAUGCAGCUCUGCAGCUACCUGAGGGGUUGGGCUGAGAGGCUGAGCCCUUGACAGGCCUCCAGAGUCACCAUGUGGCUAAGAGUAGGAACAGCACAGAGUCAAAGCCCCAGUCGGCCACCUACCAUCUCGCGGUGGUUGGGAUAGUAUGUCUGCUCGAUGAGUGGGAACUUCUCCCCGCCCAGGGUCUUGAAGAUGGCUACCAUCUGGGCAAACUGCAAAAGACAAGAAAUAAUUUCACUGCAUUUUUGAUUUCUGAACCAGACAAAACAUCAAUUCAUCAAAUAAAUGUAGAGCAUUUUCUCUGUAGAA